ACCGACGAACGUGAUACACUUUCUUAGUUCAAGUGAACAUGUCUCCGCUUAUACUCGCACUUGCGUCCGUUUUUAUUCUGAGCUCUGUAAGUUGUGUUAAUCAUCAUCUACACAUAGCCGGCGGAAAAGAUGCCAAAAUUGAAGACUAUCCUUAUCAAAUUUCCCUGAGGGAUUUAAGGAGUCCUUAUCUGCACAUUUGUGGCGGAGCUCUUUACAGGACGAACGUCGUAAUAACUGCCGCCCACUGCGUCUACGGCAGGCAAGAAACAUAUCUACAAGUUCAGGGUGGAACGGCUGACCGAAUGCUGGGUGGAGUUAUUUCCAGUGUUCAAAAAGUGCUCAUUCAUCCCCAAUUUGAUUAUGAUCGACGCUUCAACGAUGUGGCGCUUGUGUACCUAACAAAUGCAUUCCUUCCUAAUGGCAAUCAAAUUGCCACUAUUGAAAUUGCCAACAGUUCUGAAAUGGCAAAUACUACAAUGGCAAUAGUUAGCGGAUGGGGAAAGGAAGGAAGCAAUACACAGUUUUCACAAACAUUAAAAUAUUUGAAUGUGAAUAUUAUGCAGAAUCGCGACUGCAAUGAGGUCCUUGGAGGAAUCACUGAUAAAAUGGUGUGUGCAGUACAAAGUGCACCCUCUGGAACGUGUACAGGAGAUAGCGGAGAUCCACUAGUGAUUGAGGUAAAUGCGGGGAAAGCAACAAAGAAAAAGUUAAUUGGAACCGUAUCGUUCAUCUCGAGCGGGGAAUGUGCCUUUGGGCAACCCACUGCAUACAUGAGAAUGGAAUCUUACAAAAGUUGGAUUGAUACCAAUUAAAUGAAGAGCUGGUUCAACAAUAGUAACUGCAGUUAUCAUUCCUAAGAUGCGGAGCUCCAGGAACCCCACAAUGUGAAACCAGGCUAUCCAAAAAUUCAUUCAGCAGCUUAAAUUAUUCAUACGUUGUCAAAACUCUAGAAAAAUAAAUGUUCAAUCUUUUUUAUGUAA